CAUCGACACAAGGCCCAUUUUCACUCAUCCCUAAGUUGCCAUAAGCCAGAGCAGAGCUCUAUUUUAGAAGAAAAAAAAAUUCUCAAACCCACCCUCCGCGGCACCUCCUCAACCAUGGCUCAAUCUCGACAUCUCCUCGCCCUUCUCCUCCUCCUCUCCCUCUCCACCUCCAUCCUCGCCCACGGCGGCGGCAGCGACGACGCCGAUGCCGACGCGGACGAACCUGGCGCCGGCCAUCCCGACCUCCGCUCCAAGUCGCUCAUACUCACCAAGAUCUGGUGUCUCAUCGCCAUCUUCUUUGCGACCUUCUUCGGAGGUGUGUCCCCUUACUUCCUCAAGUGGAACGAGGCCUUCUUGGCCCUGGGAACCCAGUUCGCCGGCGGCGUCUUUUUAGCCACCGCCAUGAUUCAUUUCCUCAGCGACUCGAACGAAACUUUUGGGGAUCUGACGCACGUUGACUACCCCUUCGCCUUCAUGCUCGCCUGCGCCGGCUACGCCUUGACCUUGCUCGCUGAUGUCGCCAUAUCUUUCGUAGUGGCGAGAGGGCAGACCGUGCGAGAUGUGGAGAACCAGCAAGGAAUUGGUCUUCAGCAGAGUAAGCAAAGCAGCGUGGACGAAGUCUCACAGGUUCGACAAGAGAAUGGGCAUGGAGCUGGAAAUCACUCUGUUCCAUCUCUGCUUAGGGAUGCAAGUUCACUUGGAGAUAGUAUACUGUUGAUUGUGGCUUUGUGCUUCCACUCUGUUUUUGAAGGAAUAGCAAUUGGAGUUGCAGAGACCAAAGGUGACGCAUGGCGAGCGCUGUGGACGAUCAGCCUGCACAAGGUGUUCGCGGCCAUCGCGAUGGGCAUCGCACUGCUGCGGAUGCUGCCCAGCCGCCCCCUUAUCUCUUGCGCAGUCUACUCCUUCGCCUUCGCCAUCUCCAGCCCCAUCGGCAUCGCCAUUGGCAUCAUCAUCGACGCCACUACGCAGGGCCGCGUCGCAGACUGGAUCUACGCCAUCUCCAUGGGCUUCGCCUGCGGCGUCUUUGUCUACGUCGCCAUCAACCACUUGUUCGCCAAGGGGUACAGACCACGCUCGCCGGUGGCAGUGGACACGCCCUUCGUGCGGUGGCUCGCAGUGGUGCUGGGAAUUGGAGUCAUCGCGGUCGUCAUGAUAUGGGAUUAAGCGAAGAUUUAUUCAGUCUUAUAUUCUAUAUAAAAAGGCAAUCCUAUUACUCUCUAAGCAAAAGAUCAGAUACAGAUUUCCCGAUGUGUAAAACCACUUUGCAUACACAAUUCUUCAUAUAUUCGUAAUUUCUUUUUCCCUU